GGCAUCUGCAAGGUGAUCCCUCCUUCCUCAUGGAAGGCCAGAGAGGCUUCCUACUCCCAUGCCGACGAUCUUGUGCUGCAUGCUCCUGUUCGACAAGAGGCGGCCGGCCGGGCAGGCGCGUAUGCACUCAUGAACAUAACUCAGCGAGCCUGUACGAUCGCCGAAUACACCAGGAUGGCGAGCAAAGACGAAAACCGCCCGCCCCUUACUGGCCUCAGGUUGCUGCAGAGCCAACGAUGGAAGGAGGAGGAGGAGGAGGAGGAGGAGGAGGAGGAGGAGGCUUGGGAGGUGGAGCGGAGAUACUGGCAGGGGUUUGCGGGGAAGGCUCCCGUAUACGGCAGUGACAACUACUCAAGCACGCUGUUUGAAGCCUGCGCGGGGGCCUGGAACCUCAGCAGACUUGACUCCCUCCUGCGGCGACGCUUGCGGUCCACGAUCCCCGGAGUGACCUCACCCUAUCUGUACAUGGGGAUGUGGCGCGCUAGUUUUGCUUGGCACGUGGAGGACAUGGACCUUUACAGCAUCAACUACCUCCAUUACGGCGCCGAUAAGAUCUGGUAUGCAGUCCCUCACUCGGAGGGCGAGAAGCUCGAGCGCUUGGCCUCCAGCAUCUUUCCGGAUCAAGCUCGAGUAUGCAGUCAGUUUCUGCGGCACAAGAGUUGCGUCAUGCACCCUUCGCUUCUCCUUGCUGCCGGCAUCAACCUCACUCGCGCCGUCCAGCACGCCCGAGAGUUUGUGAUCUCCUUCCCCUACGCCUACCACAGCGGUUUCAAUGCUGGCCUCAACUGUGCAGAGGCCGUGAACUUUGGCUCGGAGAGG